AUGAAACACAAUAAUUCACCAUUCAUCUUGGAUACAAUUUACAAUCUUCACACACAUAAAUUAUGUCAUAAUAAUAAUGAUGUCUGUAUACAUGCAGUCGAUUGCCAAAUGCAUCCACUUCUAAUUCAUAAUAAUAAUAAUAAUAAUAAUAAUAAUAAUAAUAAUAAUAAUAAUAAUAAUAAUAAUGGGAAUAAGAGUGAGAAUAGAAAGCGAAUACACAUUUAUCACUACUAA